AUGCCGCUGGACGAGGCCACAGUCAAUAAGCUCAGGGGAAUUGUCGACGCAUCCUGCCAAGACAAAGUCUCUGGUAUCCCCGGCGUCACUGUCGUAGCCGUCGACAAAGAUGGCCACGAACUGUUCGCCCAUUCAGCCGGCAACCAAGGAAUUUCCUCCUCGGAGCCCAUGACGCUAGACAACAUCUUUUGGAUAGCCUCCUGCACCAAGAUGCUCACGGCUUUGGCAUGCAUGCAACUUGUCGAGCAGGGCCGGCUGGACUUGGACGAUGGCGAUGCCCUCGAGACACUCCUGCCGGAGCUGAAAGAGCUUCAGGUUCUGCGGGAGGACCGAACCUUUGAAAAGAAGAAGCGAGCCAUUACGCUCAGAAUGCUUUUGACGCAUACUUCGGGCUGUGGAUACAGUUUCUUCAACGAGCGUCUUCGAGAUUGGGGGUUCCCUGUGGGUAUCGAUGAAUUCUCGGGACGAUUCGAGGAUAUAAAGUUGCCACUGUUGUUUCAACCCGGGGAGGGAUGGGAGUAUGGUGUGGGCAUCGACUGGGCUGGCUUGGCCGUCGAACGGGUGUCCGGAAUGUCGCUCAACGACUAUCUCACCACAAAGGUGUUCGAGCCUCUGGGUAUCAAAGAUAUGUCGAUGAUUCCAACCGCCGAUAUGCGGAAGAGACUAGCACAUAUGCAUGCCAGAGAGAAAGAUAACAAACUAAGGCCCAGAGACCAUAUCCAACGGGCACCCUUGGUCGUGGACUUGAACGACGAAGCUGCCAAGAAGAAGAUUUUCAAUAGCGGGGGCGCGGGAAUGUUCGCAAAGCCCCAAGAGUACUGCAAGGUCAUCGCAGUGCUGCUCGGGGGUGGCAAAUGUCCCCGGACGGGCGUGCGGCUUUUGAAAGAAGCAACGGUCGACGAAAUGUUUAAGAACCAAAUCCCCCAGUUCCCCAACUUCUCUCGAAAGUUGAUACCAGACGCGAAGCCCGAUCUGACGAACCCAAUCCCGGAAUUGUAUCCGAUCCCUGGGAAUGAGCCCCAGGGCUGGGGGUUGUCUUUCAUGCUAAGCAAUGGCGGGGCCACUGGUCGAUCGGUUGAAACGGUGUUCUGGGCAGGAUUAGCCAACCUUUGGUGGUGGUGUGAUCGCCAGAAAGGAAUUGGUGGGAUCGUCUGCACGCAGAUAUUGCCAUUUGCGGAUGCCCAAGUCUUGGGGUUAUGGGGCACUGUCGAAGCAGAACUGUAUAAAGCCCUUGGUUAA